AUGAGACCAUUAGUGAAGAAAAGUAAUAUACAGCUAUUAACCUCGGACCCUCUGCAAAACACCGUACAGUUGAAUAAUCAGCUUCGUUCAUUGGGUUUAUAUGCAGCGCCGACUAUUGGAGAUGGAAAUUGUCUUUUUCGAGCCCUUUCUGACCAACAAUAUGGUUCCCCUUCACGCCAUGUUGAAGUUCGCCGUGAAAUUUGUGAUUUCAUCGAAGCCCAUCCAGAGCGGUAUGAAGGAUUCGUCGACGUUGACGAAUUUGGCGAAAGUGGUGUUCGAAAAGAGAAGGGUAGUGGCCUCAGCGCGUAUGUUGCUGGUAUGCGACAGAACGCCACCUAUGGAGGCCACAUGGAACUCUCAGCAUUUGCUCAUCUCACGAAACGGAAUAUCAAGGUGGUCCAGCCAGGACUGGUUUAUGUGAUCCAAUGUGAUCCAGCGCAACCGAAAAGUCCAAAGCCGGCGUCCAAAAAGGCUGGAGAUUCCCCUUCGAAAUACACACGAUCCGGUUCCUCGAGAGAACUGGAUGGUGAUGGCGAUUCGCCAAUGUCUCCAGGAGAGGGUCAAGAUUCGACGAUUUACGUCGCUUAUCACGAUUGGGAACAUUUUUCCUCUGUUCGUAACCUCCGGGGUCCUCACACAGGCAUUCCGCAAGUAUGUGAAAUGGCCCCUCCUCCUUCUGCUGGUUCUAGCUCUAGUGCUUCUCCGCCUCCUGAAGAGCGUCUUCCGCCUUCCAAAGCGCGGAAGAAAGAGCGUGAACGGAAGGAAAAAGAAAAGAAGGAAGCAGGUCGACUGAAGGCAAAAGAAAAGGCUACACCUCACACUGCUCAUGGUUCAGUUGACAAACCGAAAUCAAGAGUGAAGGACUCCUCAUCUACUCAACAAACUACUGGAUUCAAGCUGAAGAUCCCUCCAAGGUCUCUCCCUACGCCCCCAACGCUGUACAUGACAGCUGCUACUCCGAUAUCAGCCGGGGCGUCACCCUUGUCGAGUCUUCCUCCUUCCCCGAUCGAAGAAUCCGAUGGCUUUCUUGACGCAACAACUAUACCUCUCCCUACAUCCGUAUCUCAUUCGGUGGCGACUACCCCACCCGUUUCACACUCACCUUCUCCAGCACCUGUUUCAAGCUCCGAGCAACCCACUUCGGAUUCUGAGGACGCUUCCAUGGGGUCGCCCACUGUCGACCUUUCCGCGACAAUAACUCUUCCGAAGUCUAACUUGUCUACAACAACUUCCCAUGCAUCGUCUGACUCAAGUGUGUAUCCGACCCAUAUGUACAGCUUCGCGUCGCAUCCCUAUGCGUAUGCGGCAUAUCCUACGCAUUUGACGCAGGUUACCCCUGCAGUUACAUCGGCAUCUUAUCAUUCUUCUGUAUUUACCGGAAGGCCAGAACCCUCACCAUCCACAUCAAACUCAACGUCGCAGACGUCUCAGCCACUCCAAAUCUCGUCUCAAGUCAAUGGCGCAUCACGACCUACAUCAGAAUCAUCUAUUGGAUCUUCUACGGUAUCACCGAGUACACCCGUAUAUUUCCCUAACAAUCCUUCGGCGGUAGCGAUCGACCCGCUAUCUAAUCUAUCGCACCUUACGCACCUUAUACCUCCGCCACGUAUCCAGCGCAGUCCAAAGCGGUCAUUCGAGGAAAGCGUGAGCGAAGAGGGGAGCGCAGAAUCAGGGAUUUCGACUAGCAGUGCUGAAAGCAAACGGAGUAGGAUCGAAGAUGAGGAUGCUUCAGAGUAUCGUGGUAGACAAGGCCAUAGAAACGAGCAAAUGGAAGAUUCUCCUGAGCCUGUGGAAAAUGGUGUACUUCCAUCUUUUAAAGAGGAUGAACCGGAGAGCACGGAUGCCGACGAUGGGCAUCAUAGCGAAGAAGAGGGUCUAAUGGGGAAGUUGCAGGACGGCCUUCCUGUUGCUCCGGCUUCCAUGCUUUCUGCGCGGGGCUCUGAGUCCCCGCACGAAUCGAACGAUGAGGCUGAUGAUGACGACGAUGACUAUGUGGACGAAGAGGAUGCGAAUAACGACGACGACGACGACGAUGAAGAUUAUCUGGAGCCUCACGUUCACUCCGUCGUCCCCCCUAAGAUGGCGAGGAACCGUCAUGUUGGUACCAUGUCAGAGCGCCCGUUGACACGUCGUCAACGCAAGAAACUUGGAUUACCCAAACCUCGAAAUAUUCCUAUGUCUGGCAAAGGGGUAGGGAAAAUCGUGAUUCCUGGAGGCAAAUCUACCAACUCGCUUUCUCGCGAUACUUCAAGUACGGCCGAAUGGACCGCGAACGGCAACGGAAGAGUAGAUGUCAGGGGAUUUAGAGAACUGAAAAUCUGA